UGUUUAUUGCAUCCUUGUCACCGCCAGACAGGCGAGCUGUUGAUUUUGUCUGGUCCAUUAUCUCCGCAGCGCCGUGGGACAAACGGUAUUUAAGCUUAAUUAAGGUGGCCCAUCGUACCAUACCCGAAUCUCAUCACGAUGAACAAAAAGCUGUGCAUUCUCCUCGUGCUAGUCGUUCUCUGUUCGGCCGCCUCGGCCGGCAAGAGCAAGGAAUCGUCGAAGGAAUCGUCGAAGGAAUCGUCGAAGGAAAAGUCCAAGGAAAAGUCUAAGGAAGAUUCCGGAUCGAAGGAAAACUCGAACGAAAGCUCCUCCACCGAAGCACCCGCUACGGAGGCACCAGCAACGACUACUGCCUCAGCCGCCGGUGACCGCUGUGCCGGACAACCCGAUGGCACCAUACUUCCAUCCCUGACCACCUGCGCCAACUUUGUCACCUGUCAGGGUGAGACCGAGACUGCUGAAGCUACCUGUGUGCCGAGCGGAACCAUCUUCGAUUCUGCGCGAGGCGUGUGCGACUACGAGGCCAAUGUAGCGUGCACGAUCGGUGAAGGUGAAACCACGACCGAAACGGCAACGAGCGCACCUGGACCGGAACCAACGGAAAACGAGCUGAAGGGUAUGUGCAAGGGUGUGAUCAUCGAUAUGAUUGCUCAUCCCGGUAACUGCAACAAGUUCGUCAUCUGUGUGCUGGGCAAACCAAACAUCCAGUCCUGUGGAAAGAACCAAGUCUUCUACGCAGACAUUAAGCUGUGUGCAUUUGGCGAUCCUAAGAAGUGUUGAACGCAGUUGUAGUCAUGCAGCGCCUUUCCAGUUAUUCAAUAAAACAAGCAUCUGUUAAAGCAAA